UCCUUCCAGGCCGAGCUGCGCCAGGCCUUCCUGGCCGAGACGCCCCGGGGCGGCUAGAGCCCCGCCCGCCAGAGCGCAGAGCAGAUUGGAAUUACCUCAAUGCAAAGGGUUUAAUAUGUGCUUUUUAGAAACAGAUGAAGGGGGUUACAGGCGCCCCCUCUGCCGGAGCUCCUGCCAGCUUGCUUGUGCGUAGCAGAGCCCGCGUCACCCCUUUGUCUGUAGCCUCCCCUUAGGUCUCGGAUCCCACACUUUCCUGUGCACGUGGACGUGGUGGCACCGCAGCCAUGACGGUGGGCAAGAGCAGCAAGAUGCUGCAGCACAUCGACUACCGCAUGCGCUGCAUCCUGCAGGACGGCCGCAUCUUCAUCGGCACCUUCAAGGCCUUCGACAAGCACAUGAACCUGAUCCUCUGCGACUGCGACGAGUUCCGCAAGAUCAAGCCAAAGAACGCCAAGCAGCCCGAGCGAGAAGAGAAGCGGGUGCUGGGCCUCGUGCUGCUGCGCGGGGAGAACCUGGUGUCCAUGACUGUGGAGGGCCCUCCCCCUAAAGACACUGGCAUCGCUCGCGUCCCCCUCGCCGGGGCUGCAGGAGGCCCUGGGGUUGGCCGGGCGGCUGGCAGAGGCGUCCCAGCUGGCGUUCCUAUUCCACAGGCUCCUGCGGGACUAGCAGGCCCUGUCCGAGGGGUAGGGGGACCCUCCCAGCAGGUGAUGACUCCACAGGGACGAGGCACCGUUGCGGCUGCCGCGGUGGCAGCCACGGCCAGCAUUGCUGGAGCCCCGACUCAGUACCCCCCGGGGCGGGGGACACCUCCCACCCCUGUGGGCCGGGCCACCCCCCCUCCAGGCAUUAUGGCUCCUCCACCGGGUAUGAGACCACCCAUGGGCCCACCCAUUGGGCUUCCCCCUACUCGAGGGACCCCGAUCGGCAUGCCUCCUCCAGGAAUGAGGCCCCCGCCCCCCGGGAUCAGAGGUCCACCUCCCCCAGGAAUGCGUCCACCAAGACCCUAGGCUACUGUUGUCCUUAGUCUCUCUCUGCACUGUGUCUCGUGAAACUGUAGCGUGUUUGUGAGCUGUCCUGCCGCACUGAUAGUCGCUAAUAAACGAUAGAGCAACACA